UCCUUCCUCCCCUUCCCCAAAGCCGUGUCCUUGAGCAGCAGCAGACAGCACAGGACAUGGCCUUUCCAUGGCCCAGAAUCCUGGGAGAAAGCAGCCAUCAGCGGGAAGGGCAUCCAAGGCGAGGCUGGGAUUUACGGCUCCGUCUCCUCUGACCCACUCAGCUGCCUCGCAGCACGUGGACUUUUCCACUGCGGCCCUUGGGCUUCCUCCACAACCUCCGCCCUUCCCUCCCUUUGUCUUCCUGCGCCUCCCCUUCCUCCUGCCCCAUCCUUCUCCUUAGGGAAAGGGGGGCCCCAGUGGAGAAGGAAGUUCUUUUGGCAUGGGGGAGGCAGGGGUUUGGGGGGAGGCUAGGGGCACAGAGUGUCCGAGUUCCAGCUUAUGGAAGAGGAGACAGGCUCCGCCCCAGCAGGUCUGCCCCACGCCCCCUCGUGCCAGGCUCUGCGUGGGCCUGCGCUGCUUGCCGCAUACCUCUCGUUCCUCAGCCCCCGCCAGGCCAGCAGGGUGGGAGGAGGCACCUGAGGGAGACAUGAGGACCUGGCGCAGUGGUGGGGAACAGGGCGGACACCCCCAGGAGUGAACUAGAGCUGUCCCAACCUUGGCCUUGGAGCAGGUGCUUAUCCUAGGUUGGGGGGGACUCUGGGGUUUUGAUCCAUCAUGAUUAAUUGAGUUGGUAACAGCUUCUGGUAACUCUGAAGUGCUAGGAGAGAUUAGCCACAGGCUCAUGUCCUAGACCUCUGAUCUGUUCCUGAGGCCCCUUGGCAGCAGGAUCAAACUUGAUGCCGAGAGUCAAAGGUCAGCUCAAAGGGGGAAAUUCAAGUUCAGGAAGUUUGGAGGAAAGUUACUGCUGGCCUCACCUCAGUCCUGCUGCCCUUAGAUCUGAGAUGGUCCCCAAGCAUGGAGCAGUUGGAGUGUGUGGGGAGCUGUGAUCUCUGGUCCCCGUUCUUAUUAUGACCUGUAAAGCCAGUACCGGGGCUCCAGAUGGCUAGCAGAAAAAAAGUGGAGCUAAAUAAACGAGCCUGGCCACUUUGGUAACCGAUGGAGUCUAAUUUGAAUCCAGGUUACCGGACCCCAGAGCGCUGGUCUCUCCCACUGCCUUCCCGUAGUCUUUGGAGACCCAGGGGUCCUAGAGGUGUGGUUCUUCCCAUGCAGAGGGAGUGACCCUGCCGCACCCCCCCCACCUCGUCCUCCAUGGAAGGCAUGUCUGUCAGGGUUCACUCUUCAUUCACUCCACCUCUUGUCACGUUCCUGCUAUCAGUCCCCUUUUCUCUCCUUGCCCCUCUAUUCCAUUCUCUGGCCCCAAAUGAAAGCUGAGUCAGAGACAGCCGCUUCCCCCUUGGCUCUUGAUUCCUCCCAGGCCCCUCCUAGGCCGGAUCCGUUAGUCUUCUAAGUCCUCUCCCCCCACCCUCGAGGGGCGGGGAGUCCAGGCCAGCCUAGAGGCUGGGGGAGGGGGUGGACUUUUGGCCUGUUUAUUCCCUCCAUCGUCAACAGCUGCUGCCACACAGGCUUGGCUCAUUCCUCUGACCUGUCAGGAAGCAGAGAGACCCAGAAAGGAGGGAGUCAGAAACCUGGAGACGGAAGGACCUGAGCCCGAGGAGAAACGGGCAGAAGCCACGGCUGGAUUCCCCUCCUUCCCCUCCGCCUGCCUCAACGCUCCUCCUUAGCCAAGCCCCUUCCACUUUCCCGGGGGCUCCACCCCUGCCCCUCUCUGGGGCCCAAGCCCCUCAGGGGCCUGCUGUCCCAGGAUGUCGAUAGCUGUGGAGAGCCUUGGCUUCUUCAUGGCAGCCCUGGGGCUGCUGAUGCUGGGGGUGACCCUGCCAAACAGCUACUGGCGAGUGUCCACCGUGCACGGGAACGUUAUCACCACCAACACCAUCUUCGAGAACCUCUGGUACAGCUGUGCCACCGAUUCCCUGGGAGUCUCCAACUGCUGGGAGUUCCCGUCCAUGCUGGCCCUCUCUGGGUACGUCCAGGGCUGCCGUGCGCUCAUGAUCACCGCCAUCCUCCUGGGCUUCCUUGGCCUCUUUCUAGGCAUCCUGGGGCUGCGCUGCACCAAAAUCGGGAGCAUGGAGCUCUCCAGGAAAGCCAAGGUGGCAGCCAUCGCGGGAGCCCUUGACAUGCUGGCUGGGGCCUGCGGGAUGGUGGCCAUCUCCUGGUAUGCCGUCAACAUCACCCAGGACUUCUUCAACCCCCUCUACGUUGGAACCAAGUAUGAGUUGGGCCCCGCCCUCUACCUGGGCUGGAGCGCCUCCCUGCUCUGCAUCCUCGGUGGCAUCUGCCUCUGUUCCAGCUGCUGCUGUGCCUCCCAGGAGGACCCCACCACAAGGGCCCAGCUUACCUAUAAGACUUCCACAGUCGUGAUGCCCACCGCCACCUCAGAUGAAGGUGACAGCAGCUUUGGCAAAUACGGCAAAAAUGCUUAUGUGUAGGAGUUUGGGCCAGCGGAACCCAUCUCCUUUCCCACUGCCCAGUGGAGAGGGGUCUUUAGGACCCUGGGGCCCAUCUUCCCUUUAAAAACCUGCAGCAGGCCACACUCCAGGCCACGCCCCUUGCCUGGAGGCCACGCCCCUUGCCUGGAGGCCACGCCCCAUCCUGGACUAUUCCACUGCCCCGUCUUCUUCCGAGGCUGGGUGUGAGGGGACGGAGGUGCCCCCCCUACCCGGUUUGUGCGUUCUAUAUAAAUACAUGCAUAAAUAAAUGUGUUUUGUGACUGUU